CAGAUGCUAAUUUUGUAAACGACAGAUGUUACUAUGGUAAGGACAGUUUCAUUUGUUCAAAGCCUCACAUUCAACUUUGAAGGCAGUCUUUUCCAAGAAGCUAUAACGUUAGCAGACUUUGACAAUGAUGGUACUAAUGAACUUUGUAUUGGGAACGUAGCUGGAGAUUUAGCUGUGUUCAAAGAAAACCACCUUGAAUGGGAUGCUCAUAAUCUUGGCAUGAUCACUUGUCUUAGCAUUGGGGACAUAAAGAACAAAGGAGACAAUUCUUUAGUGGUAAUUACUGGAGAGGGCCUGUGCUACAUUUAUGAUCAUGACUACAGUAACGAGAUCAAAUCACCGGAAAUGUUCCAAGAGGGAGAUAAAAAGAUUCUUUAUCAUACUUAUAAACAGCGAUUUCCUCUUAAUAUCAAACAAUGUAUUAUUGCAGAUGUCACAAAUCGAGGCGCUAAUGAUUUAAUUGUUAUACUCGACACUAUUGUGAGAAUCUAUUCCUGGGAUGAUGAUGCUGAUGAAAAAUUGAAACAUCAAGACAGAGAAAUAUAUAAUUUUGAAAGGCAAAUUGAUGCCAUAACUGUCAAUACAUCCAAAGAUGGAUCUCAGAGUAUAUUUGUGUGUAUUCCAAGUGAAGGGAUAAGAAUUUUAAAAGCUGCCAGGACAGAGAAAAAUAAGUUUAUUCAGUGGGAUCCUCUUGCUCAAAAUGUGAAACUUUCUUCUCCAGUCACUGAUGCAAUUGGUAACGUGCGUUCUGGUAUUGGAGAUGGUGACAAUAUGGUAUGCUUUGCUACAUUAGAUGGGUUACUAAAGAUGUACCAUGAGGAUGAAGAGUUAUGGACAUUACCUCUGGACAAUCCCAUCUUUGCUCUUGUUAAAACAGAUAUCGAUCAUGAUGAUACAGAUGAGGUGAUAGCCUGUUCCUGGGAUGGCGUCACAUUCUUUGUUGAUCACAACAAAAACUGUGUGAAGUUCAAAUUUGAAGCCUCUGUUCCUAUCAGAGCUUUCUGUGCAGGGCAGUAUGCCAUGGAAGGAAGUGACAACAAACCUGCUCUUGUCUAUGUUACCUUCAGUGGGGAUGUUGUGAUAUUCUAUGAUGUGCAACUAACAAGCUUGGGUGUACAAACAUUGAACGACUACGCGUUAGAUUUUAGUUCAAUAUGUGACUCAGAUAUUCCACCUUCCUCCAAACAUCGAGCCAAAAUUAUCAGAAACUUAUUAAAGAACACAAGCAGUUAAAAGACAGGCUCAUGAGGGUUAUCUCUUUUGUUGUAAUAUGUUGAGUAAAUUGUUCAAAAAAGCUGCUUAGUACGAGGCCAGGGAAGAAAUGUAAAAUGUUUGUCUGUCAAUUUUAAUUUUUUCUAAUUGAAGAAUUUCUUUGUUACUGUAUAUAAAGGACUUAGCUAUGAAUCAUGUUUUGAAACUAUACUUAAUCUUGAAUGAUGUUUUGUGUGAUCAUUAAUAAUCAUUAUUUUCUG